UUCUAUAUUUGUACGAGUGUAUCCAUUUCUAAUCCUCAUAUACUGUCUUUUAUCUCUGCUCGAUUCCAGCUUCAUUACCAUUUCACUUGUCGUUUUUGUUAGUAUUGCUUUAAUUUCUGAUCAAUAACAACAUGGCGAACGAUUCAUCUCUUGAUCUGGAGGAACUUCGACACCUUCAAAGCAUUGCGAAGAGGCCACGCGUUGUUUCUCUCAUUUCCUCCGAGAUUCGCAACCUCGAAAAGCAAUUAAAUGAUGCUGCUUUAGUUGCACCCACUCCAACACCAAUUUCAACAAAUCUAAAGAAGGCUUCUGAACCUGCAUUAAAGUACACUACUCUUGGAUCUUUCAGUUGGGAUCAAGAUACUGAUAAAGUCAAGAUUUAUGUGUUUUUGGAGGGAGUUGAUCAAGAAAAAGUUGACACUGAGUUCAAUCGCAUGUCAGUUGAUGUGAAAUUUCAUGAUGUGAAUGGAAAAAACUAUCGAUGUGCUAUACCAAAAUUAAACAAGGAGAUUGUACCUGAGAAAUGUAAGGUUUUGGUUAAACCGACGAAAGUCAUCAUCACAUUGAUCAAAGCUUCAAAGGGUAAUUGGAUGGAUUUGCAUUUCAAGGACGAUAAGAUUAAGCCGAGUUUGGACAAGGAGCGAGAUCCCAUGGCAGGAAUUAUGGACUUAAUGAAGAAUAUGUAUGAGGAAGGGGAUGAUGAGAUGAAGAAGACGAUUGCGAAAGCAUGGACUGAUGCUAGGUCUGGCAAGGCAGCGGAUCCUAUGAAAAGCUUUUGAUGAGUCAUGAGUUGUUUAAAAGAAAUUUAGAGGGAUUUGGUUGGUUUCGUUAAAGGUGUGGUUGUGUUUUUGGAACAUAUUCCUGCAACCAAAGUUAUUAUUAGUAUAUUAUUAUUUUGCGUUUUUAAUUAAGGAAUGGGGAAUGGUUGUGGUUUGGGCCAAACUUUAGAGCAUAAUUAAGGUUUUACUAAGCACG